AUGACUCUCUUGCCAGCUGCAGCUGCACUAGCAGCCAGCGCAAGAGCCACCUCCUCCAAAGUCACACUCGAAGCUUCCUCCCUUCCCCGUCCAAGACGCUCCUUACGCCCGGCAAGACAGGCCCGACGAAGAUUCACCUCCUCCCCUCUUCCCCGAUCGCAAGCCAAGAAUGCAUCACAACCACAGCAGCAAGGACCAUCGCUAUCAGAACAAAUCAGAUCCCUCAUGCGGGAAUCAGCACAACCAGUCGCACUCGUAACCUCUUUCCUCCCACCCACCUCCACCCCCACCAGGUUAAUACACGGCGCAACACUCUCCAGCUUCUCCUCCAUCUCCAUCGACCCCAACCUGGUCUGCUUCUCAAUGAAGACUCCUUCGAAACUCGCCUCCUCCUUGCAGCACCAUCAUAGCACACGGCAGCAAGGUGGAGCAGGAGAAGUUGACUUUGUAGUAAAUAUUCUGAGCGAGACUCAAGCUGGAUUAGCUGCGAAAUACGCUGUUCCUGGAACACCGCCCCUUGCUCAUCCGCCAGCAAUAGAAGAGAAAGACGAGCGAGAAGGGCAAGUGCAUCCACUGCAAGACGCAGGGUUGGUGGAGAUCAAACAAGGAGCCGUACCGGUGGCUAAGGAUUCUAUUGGUGCAUUCGCCUGCCAGGUGGUGGACACUGUUGAUCUCUCUAGAUACGCUAGUGGCGUAGAAGGAGGAGGGGAGUCGAGAAGCAUGCUUUACAUCGCUCGCGUGUUGCAUGUCUACACUGACAACACCUCCGCAGCAGGCAAGGACAAGAGACCGCUGAUAUACCAUCAACAAGGGUUUGUUUCUACCACCACAUAG